UAGGUCCACAGAUGUUUUGGCCUUCAGCUCCCAGAAAUCGUAACAGCUGCUAAACUGACUGGCAUUUCUGGGAGUUGUAGGCCAAAACACCUGGGGACCCACAGGUUAAGAACCACUAAUCUUGAGAGUGUUUAUACUGAAGGUUUUCUGAGACCCUGCAGAUUGGGCCACUCCGAAAUGAUGUAUCCUCCACAUGGGUCCUGCCACAACUGCUUGUCUCAAUGUGCCUUUUCACAUGAUCUGAAUAGUGCUGAAUAGUCAUUUUCCAGCACUCCAAUUUGCAGUGUCUCAAACUCAUGGCUGAUGUGUUGCCUAAAGGUUUUGGGGGCCCAUUCCAUCACUAAUGACUGUAAAACUGAACUCUUAAAAUUAUUAGAUAAGUCUGAUUAUGAUCUCAUAACUAUUUAAAGGAUGGCAACAUAAAAAUGGGAUAAACAAUGAACAAUCUUUAUUGUUUCAAAAUAAAUCUUACUCUAAUUUUGCUUUUUUUCCCCUCUACAGAAGUGCAGUAAAGAACCAUAGAAGGAAAUGACAAAUGCAAGUUCCAUUGCAACUUUUCUUCUUCUGGGUUUUUCUGACACUCACGAACAAAAUAUUAUGUACUUCUUCCUUCUUUUAUUGAUUUAUUUGGUAGUCUUGAUGGCAAAUUUUCUAAUAAUGUCAGCUGUUUUCCUGGAACAAAAGCUUCAUACUCCCAUGUACUUUUUCUUGGUUAAUUUAUCUGUUGUGGACCUUGGUUCUAUUUCUGUCACCAUUCCCAAAGCAAUGAUUAAUUCUUUCUUGCACACUAGAGAUAUUUCAUAUUCUGGCUGCGUUGUACAAGUAUUUUCUUUGUUUUUUUUCUUGAUAUCUGAUUUGUUCCUCCUCACAGGCAUGGCAUAUGAUAGAUAUGUUGCCAUCUGUGACCCACUGCACUACGAAACUGUGAUGAACAUAAAAGUUUGCAUUCAACUGGCAGCCAGUGCAUGGAUAGCUGGUCUUCUUUAUUCAGCUUUGCACACUAGUAGCACUUUUGCCAUUACAUUUUGUUCCAACAUCAUCAAUCAGUUCUUUUGUGAAAUCCCACAACUACUGAAAAUUUCCUGCGAUAAUAUGUAUCUCAUUGAAGUUGGAGUCAUUGUUUUUAGUAUAUUUAUAGUUUUCCCUUGUUUUGGUUUUAUAGUUGUUUCAUAUGUGCAGAUUUUCAAGACUGUGCUACGAAUCCCCACUACUCACGGACGAAGCAAGGCCUUCUCAACAUGCCUGCCCCAUCUUAUUGUUGUUUCCUUGUUUAUUGGUACUGGAAGCAUUGCCUAUCUGAAGCCUGUUUCAGGAUCUUCUUCAGAGGUGGAUGUGAUUGUGACUGUAUUAUACUCUGUUGUGCCUCCUUUGAUGAAUCCAAUUAUUUACACUAUGAGGAACCGGGACAUCAAAAAAGCACUUUGGAAAAUGCUUGCAUGUGGGAUUUCUUCUGGGUAUCAAGGAAGUUCUUUUAUUUUUACUUUCAUGUCUAGCCUUGUUAGGCCUAUUUUUAAAAUACAUAGUUGAUUUUCAAUACCUUAUGUCAUAGAACACACAUACACACACAAUACUGAAGAGAAGUUUGGACACCUUUUUAAAAAUUUAAAGCAAACAAAAACAAAUCUUACAUGCUUUAAGUUCUAAUUAAAUAUACUUGAUAUUGUAUCAAAUUGUGUUAAAAUUGAAUCCAGAAUGUAAUCUUUCUAAAGAAGGUCCCUUAAAGGAUAUGGAAUUUCAAAUCACAACUACAGUAGAGUCUCACUUAUCGAACACUCACUUAUCCAACGUUCUGGAUUAUCCAAUGCAUUUUUGUAGUCAAUGUUUUCAAUACAUCGUGAUAUUUUGGUGCUAAAUUCGUAAAAACUCUAGUUACUACAUAUCAUCACUGCGUAUUGAACAACCUUUUUUGUCAAAUUUGUUGUAUGACAUGUUUUGGUGCUUAAUUUGUAAUAUCGUAACCUAAUUUGAUGUUUAAUAGGCUUUUCCUUAAUCCCUCCUUAUUAUCAAACAUAUUUGCUUAUCCAACGUUCUGCCGGCCCGUUUAUGUUGGAUAAGUGAGACUCUACUGUAACUUCAAUCCCAUUUGUUUUAAUUUAACAUAAUGGCACCAGAUUUAUCUGAUUUUGGACACUAAGCAGGAUCAACACUGGUUAGUACUUGAGUGAGAGACUGGCAAAGAAUACCAGUGGCUGUCUGACAUAUUUCAGAGGAAGGACCUGGCAACACCACCUGAGUAUUUAUUUCCUAUGAAAAUCCUAUGUGUGGUUGCACACACUAUCAGCAAUAUUAGCAAUCUGAGGUUGGAUCUACACCAUUAAUAUUAUCCAGUUUCAAGUGCAAAUCACCUGCAUUGAAUUAGAUUAUAUGUGUCUACACAGUUCAAUGUAUUUAAUCUGCAUUCUGAAACUGGAUUGUAUGGCAGUGUAGAUCUAGCCUUAAUCCAGAAAGUAAGGGUUUGCUUCCACAAAUAUACUGAAUCAAACUGUACCAAGGCGCUUUGAAGAGAGUAAUAUAAUUGAUCAAUACUAUUUUUCUGCACCAGAAAUGAAGGCUUAGGGCUUCGAUAGCUUCAUAUGACUGUUAGAAAUCUAUAACCGUCCUUGUGACUAUGACUGACCUAAAACAUUGUAUUGCUUAUGAUGAAAAAUAAAAUGGAAGUUUCUUCCCAUUCCAC